ACACACACACACACACACACACACACACACACACACACACACACACACACACACGACAGUUGGCAGAGCCUUCUGUCCUCUUUGCUGUUAGGCACGCUGGCUCUCCCCACCUCUGCUGAGUCCUUGCCGCCUCUCAGAGCACCCACCUCCCAGGUCACCUGGCCUCCGCUUAGGUGUCCUCUUGAGGCAAAGCUUAGGAACUUUUGUUCAGAAACCUCCCCUGGCUCCUGUUGCUGCAGAAUAAAGUGGAGAAUUCUGCGCCCUCCACCAUCCUGGCCCUGGUUUUCCACCUUGUUUCCCAUUGCUCUGGCUGCACUGCGUACCGUCUGGUUUCUGUGCUUGUCUGAGUUCUGUGCUUUUGCACAUUGCUAACUUAUCUCCUUGAAAUACCUUUUCCCCACCUCUGUGGGACUGAAUUCUACUGGUUCUUUAACGCCCAGAUUGAAAACCUCCUCCUUCCUUUAGUCUCCGCAGCUGGAGAGUCGCCAGAGCACGUUAUGUUAUGUCAGAGGCGCAGACGACUUGCCUGCCCGGUUUCUUCUGGGUGCUCCCCCAGACCUCAGCUCGGUAAUAGCAGGUUUGGUGGGAGCUGUGCAGCUUUGUCCUGGCAGAGGGGUGCUGGGCUUGAAUGCUGAAUGAGUGACGGAUAGAAGAGGUCCCAGAGGAGAGCACUAGGGCUAAGGAAUGUAGCUCCAAGGAGGAGGCUUCCUUGGGUAUCAGCUUGCCCACAGAUGGCAGGGGCAGCACAUGAGCCCAGCAGGAGAGGUUGCAGAACUUGAAGCUAAUUUACCUUGUACGUGUAAAGUGUAUUUUCCUGAUCCAAACAAGCUUCAUUGCUUUCAGCUAACUGUCACCCCAGAUGAGGGUUACUACCAGGGUGGAAAAUUUCAGUUUGAAACUGAAGUUCCUGAUGCAUACAACAUGGUGCCUCCUAAAGUGAGAUGCCUGACGAGGAUCUGGCACCCCAACAUCACAGAGACAGGCGAGAUAUGUCUCAGUUUACUGAGAGAACAUUCGAUUGACGGCACCGGCUGGGCCCCCACGAGGACACUGAAGGAUGUUGUUUGGGGAUUAAACUCUUUGUUUACUGAUCUUUUGAAUUUUGAUGACCCACUGAAUAUUGAAGCUGCAGAACAUCAUUUGCGGGACAAGGAGGACUUCCGGAAUAAAGUUGAAGACUACAUUAAGCGCUACGCCAGAUGACAGGAGGAGAGGGCUGCGGGGCCGUGGACUGUGCGCUACCAGCUUGUCUCCAGCUGAAACGAGAAGGGAGUCUCCUCCCGUCCCUGGCUCCCCUCAGUCCUGCUGGGCCACCCCAGUCCCGCGACCAUGCCGUCCCGAGGAAGCACCUCUUCACGACCGCCCAUUGUAGACAGAGAGUUCCGCAUAAAUACAGCCAGAAAAUGUGCUUCGGGUCCUAAAGAGUUGUCUGCUUACCUUAACAUGUUUACUUUUUUGAAACUGUACUGUAUAGGCUGUUAAUGAGAUUCUCGAGAAGUUGUGAUGAACUCAGCAUUGAGGCUAGAGCUUGCUUCUCCCUUUUCCCCAGUCAGUCCCUGCCCAGGCGAUGCUAAUGAUGUGCUCAGUGUAGCUCGCAGACGGCGGUCAGAACCCGCUGCAAACCGUGAUUGGAUGCGAAUUCCCUUCGCUCCUUCCACGAAUGUUGGCCCUGCCCAGGUGUCGUGAAGCUUCCCAGAAUGCAUAUGGUCGUUCACUGUAGAUCUCUUACUGAAAUGCGUAUUUUAUUUAAUGUAAGUAUAUUUUGGAACAGAUUUGUAAUUUGUACAAUUUAAUGCUUUAAUUAUUUUUUUCUAUUCUCAUUUAGUUUGUAUUUUCAUUGUAUAGAGCAGACAGAAAGAUGUUGGGUCAAGCAACUAUUGAAGAGAAAUACAAAGAAAAUAUAAAAGACA